AUGACUGGAGCCUUGCAAGUUUUAGCCUUCCUGUCUUAUACGGUUGGAAUCGCGGCGGGACCGUCAAAGAUCGUCAACGGCGACGAACUCAAACCCGGCAAGGCUCCAUAUAUCGUGGCUCUUACCAGAACAGAAUUCGAGGCACCGAGCUUCUACACCGAAUCCACUGACAAUGGAAUCAUAUUAAAACUAGACAAAUUCAUCGUCGAUAUUCAUGCAGAUAUGGAGUUUUCGUUCAAGAAUUUAUUUUUCGGCCUUCCGAUCUGGCCACUAUCAAAAUUCAACAUUGGGCCGAAGAUUUGGUUCCCCUCAAAAAUCCCAUUUUUCCUCGACAUUUUUGGAGGUGUGAUAAAUCGCGUGGUACAGAAUUUGCUCAGAACAGAGAUCUGUAACUCCUUGGAAAACGUGGUGAAGCCCAGUAUCUUUGGCGAGCACUCAUUUCCGGUGGAAACGCAAUACGGAGAUCGGCGUGAGUAUCUCGUACAAACGCCACUAUUCAACGUGCUCCAUACCGAAAACUUUUCUGAAGCCCAGUUCGCUUUUGACCUCCAAUUUUUGAGGGAGAAAUGCCCGUAUGAGCCACCAAGCCUGAAUUGCGACUUGUACGCCCUGUACCGUGGAAAUUUCUUGACUUAUUUGGUGACGAAGGAUCGGGUUCGGCUGGAGCUGUCGGAAUAUUUGAGGACCACGUGUUACUCCUACUCCAAUUACAUCUGCAUGCAAACGUUUUGGCCAGACCUGGCUAGGAUGUACCCAAAUCAAUACCUUGACAUCUACGUUCAAGCCAGGGAGACGCCGAAGGUAGUACUAGCUGACAACAUUGCGCAUAUGACAGGCGAACUACAGCUCGAUUUCCAUACCCAUCCAAAGUCUAAUGGAUCCCUGGCGACUCUAAUGCUGACUUUCUCCUGCGAUCUGAGUGGUCGUUUGAAUAGAACGGUCUUAUUGGGAGGGAUCUCUAAUAUUCAAGCUGAUAUUCGGCAGACGCACUCGGUGAUUGGAUAUUUGUACCCGGACACCUAUUUUACAACGAAGGUUUUGCAGACACCACAGCUAUCUCAGCAGCGGACGGUUACCUUCGGCUCGAUC